GCGGCCGCUGAUCAGCCUGAACACACACAUAGGUGCCCUUGCAUGCGCCUGUGCAAAAAUAGAUUUAGCCGACGGCUCUGGGCUGCCUAAUUGGAUAUGACACAUAGGGUUUGAGUCAGUAAAACCCGAAUUGAAAGGCCCUCACCUGUAAAGAUGAGUGUGGAAGUGGAACAAAAGUUUUUAUUCAACUCUGACACCGUGAAAACAAUAGAGGAAAUUGGAGUCUGUGUCGGCCUGAAACAGUUUCAUGAUCAGUAUUUUGACACCCCAGAUUUUAAACUGACUCUGAGAGACAUGUGGCUGCGCAGACGGAAACAAUCCUGGGAGCUCAAGUGCCCCACAGCUACAGUCAAUGGGACUGGGGAGCCAGGAAGGGAACAAUCUCUGUGUACUCAAUAUAAGGAGAUCACCAAUCUGCCCGAAAUCUACCAGAGAGUGAAGGAGUUCAUAAAAGAGGCUUGUGAGGACGGGGAGACGGAGGUGACUCCCUCGGAUGAGGAUGACUCCUGGCUGGGUAAGAUGAAUCUGCGUUGCUUCGCAGAGUUCACUACAACACGGAGGUCAUUCACUUUGAAAGGAGAGCAGGGGGUGCAGAUAGAUCUGGACCAAGCUGACUUUGGCUACCAUGUGGGGGAGAUAGAGGUCCUCAUACCAGAGGGGGGAGACAUGCAGUCUGCUCAAGAGAAGAUCAGACACACCGCUCAAAAGCUUGGUCUGAACGAAGAGAGGCGAGUUGAAGGAAAAAUGACCGUUUACCUUAAAAGAUAUCGCCCGGAGCAAUAUGCAACACUGCUGAGUGCACAUGUCUUAUAGAAAAAUACUGUACAAUACAACCGAUUCUAAUAGUUCUUAACUGUACUUAAUCUUAUUUUACAAACCUAAUGUGUUCUUAUUAGAUAAGCAGAGUGAAUUGUAUCAAAAUGCAGUUGUUUGCUUGAAAAUGAACCUGAUUCUCAACUGUAUAAAACAGCAAUUGAUCCAGAUAUAUGGAAGUUAUUGGGAAUGUCAUUGACGUGACAGCACUGCAUGAACUAUUUGUACCUCUAAAAAGGGUAAUCUAUUUUCAUCUGUCCAUUGGAGACAACAUGCCUUCUCUUGUGGACUGUUAGUUGGCUACUAAUAAUGACUGCAUCUUGGUGUAGGUCUGGUUGCCAUGAGAAUGCUCUCCAACACACUCCUGUAACAAUUUGACCAAUUAUUGACAUUGCACACUAUAUAUUAAAUAACAAAUUAUAAUUUC